CCUGAGCCAGUUUGGGUAAGGGGGGUGGUGUUCACCCCCCGAGCAGGGAUUACCCCACUGUUUCAGGUUGCAGUGCAAGAUGUAACCAAAUGCAUGUUUUCCAUGACCAUCUUGACAAACUGUUAUAAACAGGCGGGGCAGUUUUCUUUAUCUCUUCCAUGACUCAGCCCUGAUAACGCCCUCCAGGGGCUAUCUUCUGUUAAUGGGCCAUUGAGUGUCCCUGCAGGACUGGUAAAAUGACAUCAUCCCAUUGUGGGAUGCUCCGCCCAGGGGGAGGAGCCAGGUAUUCCUACCUGGAUAUAAGCUGAGGCUUGCAGCCCCAGGAGCACCUUGCCUACUGGAUUCCCAGAGCACAAGAGCUCCAUAAGCACCACUGGACCUUCAGAGGAAGAUCAGACCCUUCUACAGGAUCACUGCUUUGACAGAAUCACGUUCAUCACUGCAACAGGACUGCAGCCACCAUUUAACGGGACUGCUACCACCACCCGGACCAACAGGGUGCCGGGUUAGAUCCUGACUCUGUCAGUUUAAGGCAGUGUAUCAUUGCGUUGACCUUAUUGUAAUUCUGGCUUAGACUCUCCCCCUGGUUUGCCUUCAAACCAGUACAAAACUCAAUGUACUCAUCUCUUGCUUUCCUCCCAGAACAGAAUUUCCCAUCCCAAACUCUUUCCCAGAUGGAGGAGGAAGCUGUGAGGAAGAUGAAGAUGCCCUGGGACACCCAGGCAGACAAUGACCUGAGGAUGGAGACCAGUGAGGACAAAACCCCAUGGCACAACUUCGUAGCAGAGGCCAUUUUGAGAAGCUCCACAGCACAGGAAUACAACAGGGAAGAAAAGCCCCAGAGAUCCCACAGGAAGAGGGGCUGCAAACCCAGCCCAGGCUACUAUGAAAAGGAAAGACCCACCCUGAGCCAGGAAGGUGGACAGAGCUUCAGCCAGAGCUUGGAGCUGGUGGUCCAGGAGCAGCUUCCUGAUGGGGCUAAGCCCCACAAGUGCUUGGAGUGUGGGAAGAGCUUCAGGCAGAGCAGCACCCUGAUUAGCCACCAGAGGAUCCACACUGGGGAAUGGCCCUACAAGUGUGGGGAGUGUGGGAAGGGGUUCAGCUACAGAUCCACCCUUGUGACCCACCAACGCAUCCACACCGGGGAGAGGCCCUAUGAGUGCCCUCAAUGCCAGAAGAGGUUUCGGAUCAGCUCAGAUUUCCUCCUGCACCAGCGGAUUCACACCGAUGAGAGGCCCUUCUGCUGCCCAGAUUGUGGGAAGGGCUUCAAGCGCUACUCCCACCUCAUCAGGCUCAUCCACUCCGGGGAGAGGCCCUAUGAGUGCCCCCAGUGUGGGAAGAGGUUUCAGACCAGCUCCAAUCUCCGCCUGCAUGUACGGAUUCACACAGAUGAGAGGCCCUUCCGCUGCCCCGACUGUGGGAAGAGCUUCAAGCAGAAAUUCACCCUCGUCAGGCACCGGCACAUCCACACUGGGGAGAGGCUCCACGAGUACCCCACAUAUGGGAAGAGCUUCACCCAGAGCUCUGACUUGACCAGAAGAGAUUGA